AAUGACAAAGUCAAAACUUAAUUAUUGCAACAUUUAUUAAUUUUAUUUAGUAUAAAGUUUUAUUAUUUUUGUUUGGUCAAUAUUAUAAUUACUUUUGGUGGCUUAAUAUAUAUUGUUUAUAGUUUAAUUGUGUUGGGUAAGAAUAAGUUAAAUUGUGUGAAAGAUGGUGUAUGUAAACAAAGAUGGUUCUGUGGUGGAGCAUAAUCCAUUUAGUGUUUUUGGAUUGUUUUGGGGCAUUGUCAACUUCUUCUACUUGCUAUUCCAGACCCUUAUUAAUCCCAGUUACAACAAACACGGUGACAAGUAUGUGAGAGAUUUUCGUCCUCCUGGUAGUGGACCUCCAAAACCUCCAUCGAGAAAGUUUGGUGGUUUCGGGCCAUCUGGCUCUGGACCUGCUCCUCCACCCAUGGGAGGUGGUGGCUGUGGUUGUGGUUGAGUGUUUAUAUUGAUUACAGUCCAUUCCAUUUCAAUUCUCUUAAAAAAUAUACAGCUUGAAAUAACAUGUUCUUGAAUAAUACUUGUAUAUCUGUUUUUGUUGUUUAAUUAAGAUAUUUUGAAAAUGCUUUUAUAAUUUAUAAAUUGGUUUUAUAAAUUAGAUUGGAAUGGAUUGUACAUACAUAUUUUUGUAAUUUUUUUCAUAAUUUUCAUGUAUUCCAGUAUAUUUAAAUAUACAUAUAUAACACGUUAUUAAUUUUGUUAUUAUAAUAUGUUAUAUAUAAUGACUCCUAAUUUUAUAACUAAUCCAGAGGUGAUCAAUGGCAAUGUGUUUUCCAUAACAUAUUUUAAGUUCAAAAAGUUCAAAAUUUGUUACUGCGAUU